GUAACCAAUGGAGCUAAAUAAAUAACUUAAACAGAGAGGAACCAGAUCCACAAGGAAAUACAAACUAAAACAUCUAACGCAGGAAUCCCAGAAAGUCAUCUAAACACAAGAGUGAAUGAUGAAUCUAAUCAACAGGAACAAACUGAAAUAUCAGCAACUGAAGAGGAGAAAACAGACAAGGAGCUCAAACACCAAACACUGGUAGAUCAUGACAAGAAGAGGAAGUAAAAACCAACAAAAAGCCAGAGGAAGAGGGCGGGCUGCUUGGUCUCACUAACAUCAAUGUAAACAGGUCAAAUCACUGAGAAGAGGAAAUGAAGGAAGCAUCAGUCUGUCUGCUUGAUCUCACCCUGCUGCUGUGCUGCACAACUAACCCAGGCCUUGCAGCUGGUCUGACUGUGAGUCCCAGCAGAUCUCAGUUCUUCAUGAGAGAAUAUGUGUCUCUGAGCUGUGAGGAGGACAACAGCUCUGCUGGAUGGACUGUGAGGAGAAACACAACCAGAGAAACCAGUACGCCAUGUGGAGAUGGAUGGGGAAUACCAGCAGAUUCCUCCUGUAACAUCACCUACCUGUACCCAUCAGACACUGCAGUGUACUGGUGUGAGUCCAGAGAGGGAGCAGCCAGCAGCAGCAUCCAGCUCACUGUCUCUGGUGGAUCAGUGAUCCUGCAGAGUCCUGUCCUCCCUGUGAUGGAGGGAGAUGACGUCACUCUGAGCUGUCAAACAAAGACUUCCUCCAACCUCCCAGCUGCUUUCAUUAAAGAUGGCUCCCUCAUCAGGACUGAGCCUACGGGUCACAUGACCCUCCACCAUGUGACCAGCUCUGAUGAAGGUCUCUACAAGUGUAACAUCAGGGGUCAUGGAGAGUCUCCAUCCAGCUGGAUCUCUGUCUCAGAGAAAAACACCAUGACUCCUCCACCUACGUCCAUCUGUUCUUCCAGUUCUUCUUCUCCUCUGGAUCGUGUUUCUCUUCCUCUUCUUCCUCUUUAUAUCAUCCUUAAUGUUGUCAUCUUGCUUCUCCUAACGGUUCUACUGGUGAGAUGUUAUGUCCAGAGGAAACAUGAAGAUGAAGCUGAAGAUGAAGACCUCCCAUACAGCGACAUCUUCCAGACACAGCUACAACCAAUCAGGUGCAGGAAAGACAGCGACCAAGCUUCAGUUUACUCUGCAGUGAGGAAGGAGGCCAUCACAGAUGAACAGAUAAACAUCAGAGAGACUGAAGAUGACAUGGAGCUCAGAGAGGGUGAUUUAUGUGCAGUUUAUGCAUCUGUAAGAAAAGGAAACAUCACAGACGGACCAAACAGAACCAAAGGAGUACGGAGUGUCGGGGAUAGAGGCGAUCCAGUAUAACCAAAGCAAGAGCUGUGUCUGGUUCUUCUGCAUGAAGAUGAGAAGAAAAUAAGCUCCUCUCAGUCUGAGGCCGUCGUUCUGAGCUGGAAGAAGCUCCCUCAGGCGGGGACUUCAGCUGCCUGUUCAGGAGUGAUGGUGGGAUGGAGGAGGGUGGAUAGAUGGACUGGGACAUCAUCUACAGAAGAGGUGUCCCGACCUUGAGAGCUAAAGUCCUGCGACCUUUUCUCCAACACGCCCAGUCUGAGUAACACGGUUAAAUGUACUGUUGAGUAUGAAGAAGGCAGCAGGAUCACAAUCAGCUUUUUAGACUGGCUGCCAUCCAGGCACCUUCUCACAGGUCAUGAAGGUCAUAGAGAACAUAGAGGGGUCAUCAUCCAGAGUAAAACAGCAGCAUCUCAGAUGGUCUGUGGUAAUAUUUUAGUAGGAAAAACUGAGGUUUAUGUUUGUGUUUUCAGAGCUUCAUCUAGAGCCAAAGGUCACAUUCUCUUCACUCCUACUCCCCCAGUGCAACCAGUGACGUCCCUAUACUGGUCUCUAGCUGGUCCAUCUGCCUCAGAACCAGACCUGUGUAGAAUUGAUUCGCUUGUUAAUUUUGUAUUUGUUUUUGGUAUUAAAAUAAAGCUCAGAGAGUGUAAAAAGCA